AACAGAAGCAGCAACAAAGGAGUGUCAAGUUCAAAAUCAAAGACAAGAUUUUUCUAAAAAUGGAGAAAAGUUUAUCCUUAUUAACAGCAUCACAGUCAACGACAAGCAGCAGUCCUAUCUGCUUCUUCUCUAAUAAUCACAAGCAGCUUAAAAGAAGGAAACCCAUUUCAAUUCAGGCCUUCAAUUCUAAUUCUACAGCAAGACGAACUUUAUCCAGUAACUGGGAUGUUACAAAUUUCUCGUCUCUAUCUCUUGCUAAUUCAGCUCCUGCUUUACCAAGAUUGGAGGAGCUCGAUACCACUAACAUGCUUCUCCGUCAGCGAAUCAUCUUCUUGGGCUCUCAGGUGGAUGACGUGACAGCAGAUUUUAUCAUAAGCCAGCUCUUAUUUCUGGAUGCUGAAGACCCAACAAAGGACAUCAAGUUGUUCAUUAAUUCACCUGGUGGUUCUGUUACUGCUGGAAUGGGGAUAUAUGAUGCAAUGAAGUUGUGCAAGGCUGAUGUUUCAACCAUUUGCCUGGGCCUUGCUGCAUCUAUGGGAGCAUUUCUUCUUGCUACUGGUACCAAAGGCAAGAGGUUCUGCAUGCCCAAUGGGAGAGUGAUGAUUCAUCAGCCACUUGGAACUGCUGGAGGAAAAGCAACCGAGAUGAGCAUACGGAUAAGAGAAAUGAAUUACCACAAGAUUAAGCUGAACAAGAUACUUUCAAGAGCUAGCGGAAAGCCUGUAGAUCAGAUUGAAGUUGACACUGAUCGUGAUAAUUUCAUGAGUGCUUGGGAAGCUAAAGAAUAUGGUUUGAUAGACGGAGUUAUUGAUGAUGGAAAGCCAGGUUUGGUUGCACCUCUUGCAGAUGCUUUACCGCCACCAAAGACCCGUGUGUGGGACUUUUGGAAAAUUGAAGGGAGCAAAAAAGCUAAAAAGAAUUUGCCGUCAGAGAAUAAAAUUUUGCAGAAUGGAUAUGCCGGUGGCCAAGGUGAUGAUGAGGAUAAAGGAACAGACCAAGAGAAGGAAGAUCCUGCUUCUGUAUAAGAUUUGACUAGCUUUCUGUCUUUUAUUUUGCAAAAUAGUUAUUUGAAAAUUUGUAGGGAGCAAGAUUAUACAUUCAGUUUAUACCCAUUUUAUAAGGAUUCUGCAAUAUGUUUUCACUUUCCAAAUGCAUACAGACAGAUUGUAAGUAACUAUUUAUUUUAACAAUUAGUGUAUUAUCAUGAACAACAUAGUAUUGGUUCUUGUACCUUA